AUGGAAGCGCGUUGCAAUAAUGCUGGACUCCAUGUGCAGGUGCAGGCGAUGGGGUCGAUGCUGAAGCACGCAAACCAAGGGCGGGAAUGGGGAAUCAAAGUCAGCCAGGGCGUUGCCCUGAAUAAGGACUUCUUGCAAGCUGUUUGCAUCAGGGCGGCGCUGCUGACGACCGCAGCUGUCGCAUUCCUUGGCUCACCGAUGGACUGCUUCUCCUCCUCCUCCUCCUUCUCCCGCCUUGUCUUUCCUGCCACUCCUGCUGCUCCUCCUCCGCCCGACCUUGAGCAAGCCCGCUCCCGCGCGGCGGCCACCGCCGCGCCGGGCGGUCGGGGCGAGCCGCCGCGCCGAGCUGCCGCCGCGCUACACCGCGCCCUGCGCGGGGCAGGCACUCCGUGA